AAACAAACUAACCAAUUCAAAGAAAUUAGCAAAACCCUAGAGAUGGAUAUCUUUUAUGCAUCUCUUCUCUCUCUUUUUGUUCUUCUUGUUUCUUUCUCUCUUCAUCUUUUCUUCUACAAUUCCAAACCAACCGAAGGCGGGAAACCACUUCCACCCGGUAAAACCGGGUGGCCAGUAAUCGGAGAAAGUUUAGAGUUUCUUGCAACCGGAUGGAAAGGUCAUCCUGAAAAGUUCAUAUUCGACCGAAUGUCGAAAUUCUCACCAAUAGUGUUUAGAACAUCUCUAAUGCUAGAGGAUGCUGCAGUGUUCUGUGGUGCUCAAGGUAACAAGUUCUUGUUCUCAAACGAAAACAAGCAUGUACAAGUAUGGUGGCCGGCUUCAGUGAACAAAAUUUUUCCUUCAUCUGGGAAAGCCUCAAAGAAAGAAGCAGAUAAGAUGAAGAAAAUGCUUCCAACCAUUUUCAAGCCUGAAGCGUUACACCGAUAUGUCCCGGUUAUGGACGUUGUGACACGACAACACUUUGCCACUUGGUGGGAUGGGAAGGAUGAGAUUGUGACAUAUGAGCUCACUAAAAACUUCACCUUCUGGCUUGCAUGCAAGAUCUUUGUAAGUAUUGAUGAACCUGAACGGGUGAGAUAUUUAUCUCACCCGUUUAAGGACAUUGCUACGGGGAUCCUUGCGAUCCCCAUAGACCUGCCUGGGACGCCAUUUCGAAGAGGGAUUAAUGCUGCUAAUUUCAUAAGAAAGGAGCUUUUAGACAUUGUGAAGCAAAGGAAAAUUGAUUUGGCUCAAGGGAAAGCAACACCUACCCAAGAUAUGUUGUCACAUAUGCUUCUUUUUAGAGAUGAAGAUGGAAAAUCUUUGGAAGAUUAUGAUAUUGCUGACAAGAUCUUAGGGUUACUAAUCGGCGGUCAUGACACUGCGAGCUCAGCGUGUGCUUUUAUCGUUAAGUAUCUUGCCGAAUUACCCGAGAUCUAUAACGGGGUCUACAAAGAGCAAAUGGAAAUAGCAAAAUCUAAAGCAGCUGGAGAACUCUUGAGCUGGGAGGAUUUGUCAAAGAUGAAAUACUCAUGGAAUGUUGCAUGUGAAGUUCUUAGAUUAGCCCCACCACUCCAAGGUGCUUUUAGGGAAGCCAUUACUGAUUUCAUGUACAAUGGCUAUUCUAUUCCCAAGGGCUGGAAGUUGUAUUGGAGCGCCAAUUCAACCCAUAAAAACAAUAAGUUCUUCCCAGAUCCUCAGAAAUUUGAUCCGUCAAGAUUUGAAGGCCAGGGACCAGCACCAUACACAUUUGUGCCGUUUGGAGGAGGACCGCGAAUGUGUCCAGGAAAAGAGUAUGCUCGGCUAGAAAUACUUGUGUUCAUGCAUCAUCUUGUAACAAAGUUCAAAUGGGAGAAAAUCAUUCCUGAUGAGCAGAUAGUCGUCAACCCGAUGCCUAGCCCAGCCAAGGGUCUACCCAUCCGACUUUACCCGCGUAAAGGUUGAAGAUGCAGUCAUCAUAUGGAAGAAAUAUUUGGGUUUUAUGUAAUCGAGUUGAAUAAAUAAAAAUUUGAUGUUAAUGUUUUCGUUUAAUUAGUAAAUUAAUACAUAUUUGAUUC